AUGGGCAACGAGUCAUCCGUUCCGGUCGAAGAUGAUGUUCCGCCGCAAACGCUCGAGAGCCGGACGUUGGAGAGUGUUGCAAAAUAUAUCACAGAGAGGAAAGUCAGAAGGAUAGUGGUCAUGACAGGCGCGGGCAUUAGUACAGCCGCUGGCAUUCCAGACUUUCGUUCUCCUGAUACAGGGCUCUAUGCCAACCUUGCCCGCCUAAACCUACCUUAUGCUGAAGCUGUGUUCGACAUAUCCUAUUUCCGUAACAACCCGCUGCCUUUCUACACCCUUGCGCAUGAGCUCUAUCCUGGCCGCUACCGGCCUACCGUUACGCAUUGUUUCAUGAAGCUACUCUACGACAAGGGCUUACUGCUCAAACUGUUCACCCAGAAUAUUGAUUGCCUAGAACGGGAGGCAGGUGUACCAGGUGAGAUGAUAGUGGAGGCGCAUGGCUCUUUCGCGUCUCAGAGAUGCAUCGAAUGUAAAACCGAGUUCCCGGACACGAUGAUGAAGAAGGCUGUCCAGGAAAGGGAAGUCCCACGAUGCCUCAGAAAGACCUGUAAUGGGCUGGUGAAGCCGGAUAUUGUCUUCUUUGGAGAAGCGUUGCCUGAAGCUUUUCAUCGAAAUCGAACAUUGCCAGCAGCUGCUGAUCUGGCAAUCAUCAUGGGCACUAGCCUUAGCGUGCAACCAUUUGCCAGUUUGCCAUCCUAUGUACGUGAAGAGACACCACGAAUCCUGAUCAACCUUGAAAGAGUAGGUGGACUUGGGUCUCGAGCUGAUGACGUACUUCUCCUCGGUGAAUGCGACGCCGGGGUUCGAAAACUCGCAGACGCCCUAGGCUGGCUUGAUGAGCUCGAAGACUUAUGGCAGCGCACUACUCCAUCCGAGCAUGACCAAAAGGAACACCAACUACCACUGAAGACUAGAGACGAGAAGCUGGAGGAGGAGGUCGACCAAUUGACAAGAGAUAUCGACCAGACACUGAAGCUAUCCAAAGACCACCACUCUUGGUUGGGGAACCACCUGAAAGACAACCAGCAGCCGGGAAAGAAGGCUUCUGUGCCAUUGGAGAGUGCACUCUCCGUCCCCUUGGAGACAUCUGCAGACGCCGAGCCGGAAAGGCACGGGCAGGACAAGCCAUCAAUAAAUACUUGCGACAAGCGGGGGCCUGAAGGCACAUAUGCAAAUACGAGCAAGGAACUAUCAGAUGAAAAUAAUACUGCAGAUCUGGAAAGUAAGGAGGAUGGUAAUUUGAGUCACGUCUUCCCCCAUAUAGACACGACUCGAGAGAAGUCUUCAUUAUGA